AUGGUGAACACAGCUAUCGUCACGGCGCUCGCUGCUGGAGCCCUUCUGAGCACUCCUGUUUCCGGAGCUAUCUACCUUAAGAGCUCCCCAGUACUCCAACUAGAAAAUGCGAAAGCCUAUGACAGACUGAUUGCGCAGUCCAAUUACACUUCUAUUGUCGAGUUCUACGCCCCCUGGUGUGGCCAUUGCCAGAAUCUGAAGCCAGCAUAUGAAAAGGCUGCGAAGAACCUUGCUGGCCUGGCCAAAGUGGCGGCCAUGAACUGUGAUGAGGAGGCGAACAAGCCGUUCUGCGGCCAGAUGGGCGUUCAAGGCUUCCCCACCUUGAAGAUUGUCCGACCAGGCAAGAAAGCAGGAAGACCAACUGUGGAAGACUACCAGGGCCCGAGGUCUGCCAAGGGUAUUGUAGAUGCUGUCGUGGACAAGAUCCCAAACCAUGUCCAGCGCAUAACAGACAAGAAUCUGGACGGGUUCUUGGAGGGAGAUCACCCGAAGGCUAUUCUGUUUAGUGAUAAGGGACCGAUUAGUGCGCUACUGAGGUCACUGGCGAUCGACUAUCUAGGGACUGUGUCGUUUGCACAGAUCCGCAAUUCGCAGGAAAAGGCUGUCAAGCAGUUUAAUGUGGAGAAUUUUCCAACCCUGGUACUACUUCCUGGCGAUGGCAAAGAGCCCGCCGUAUACGAUGGGGCCAUGAAGAAGGAGGGGAUGGCAAAGUUCCUCGCACAGGUCGCAGAGCCCAAUCCAGAUCCGGCGCCCAAACCAUCAAAGAAAGACAAAAAGCCACAGGAUAAGAAGGAGAAGCCGAAGGAAUCAGCAUCGUCCAUUACCCUCGAGGAUGAAGCUAUCCCGACAGAGGCUACAGAUCCAGAGACAUUGGAAGACGUCAACAAGCAGAAGCCAGUCAAGGUUGACAGCGGGCCACCUAUGCUUGAGAUGCUCGAACAUGCGCCGGCACUGGAAGAAAAAUGCAUGCUUCACAACUCAGGAUCUUGUCUGCUCGCUCUGUUGCCACAAAAACCUCUGGACAAUCCGGAUGCUGUACUCGACGAACAAUCUCGCACGGCCCUAGCUUCGCUUGGAGAAGUCCAACAUAAGCACACUGGCCGCAUCUUCCCGUUCUACGCCGUCCCAGCCAUCAACACAGCUGGAAUCCGACUUCGAGGCGGGGUUGGCUUAGACAAAGAUGAGAAGCGCAUUGAGAUUGUUGUCAUCAACGCUAAGCGUAACUGGUACCGUCAUUUCCCGGGCGAUGAUUUUGGAACUAUUGCAAUUGAAGAGUGGAUUGAUCAGAUCAGGAUGGGUGAAGGUAAGAAAGAACGACUACCCACUGGGCUUAUUCCCGACGCACCGGAAGAAAUGACUUCUCCGGAGGAACCCGUGGUUGAAGAGACUAUCGUCGAGGAGGAAACUGUCAUUGAUGUUGGGAAUGAGGGAACCCAUGAUGAGCUGUAAGGCAUCUAUAAAGUUUGUGUUGUCUGUUUCUACACACUGGAAGGUACCACGAAAAAUAAAUAUAGCAAACAUAUGGUUGUACAAGAAUGCCACUCUCUGUUGGUUGCCUACAGACUCCCGUCGCGAUGUGAGCUAGAAGCCAUUAUCAGAAAUCCCGACCUUCAUCUGAGGUGAAUGGUAUCCGCCUGCAGCUCGCUGAUCAAGACAGGACCGAGUUCACUUCUUCAAUCAUCCGUCCGUGCUUCGAUCACCUGAUGCUUCCUAUAACUUGUCCGC